AACAUAUCUUUUAAAAACAUCACCAAUUCUGGAACUGGUGGCACAGGAGUGUAACCCUAGUUACUAGGAAGGCAGGAGGAUCGAAUGUUCAGGGCUUAGCCUGGACAACCCUGUCUCAAAAUAAAAAAGUGUGAGAUGGGGCUAACUGUGUUAGAGCGCUAGGUUCAACCCCCAGUAUCGCAAACACAAAAACAAAAACCUCAUCACGUAGCUCAGUGGUAGAGGGCUAGCCUGGAGUGGGUGGGGCCUCUGGUCCCACCCCUAAGACCGCAAAAAAGUAAAACACUUGAGAAACCCUUGCCACUUGGCUGUGCUCGCCGGGGGCUGCGACGACGCGGCUAGGCUGUGUGCCAGGUGGCACAAUGGGCUUGCAGAGGGAGCCUAGGAGACCUGAUGGGAGCGUGUCAAAUCAAUUCUUUUCCCCAGCAACUCCUCCUUUUCUCCGCCUCCAGGGGCGGGGCAGCAAAGCGCGGGAAAGCUCAACCUAGAUCCAAAAGCCAGCCCGUGCUGGGGGCGGGGAAAAAAAGAGAGCUCUUAAAUGGGAAAUAGAUCCAGGAAUCCCUCCCUCCAGUGCUUAAGAGGCUCAUCACUAUACUACCUUAACCUCCCUUUGGCUGUGGCCCAGGCCACGCCAGCACUCCCAACGUCACCUCCCCCACUUCCGGUCCGCAAGCUCCCAGGUCCCGGUUCCGGUUUCUUCCAGUCUAAACCCCUUGCUUGUCCGGCUCUCCCGUAGGAGGAGCAGUGGGUGGUGCAUACGCCCAGGGCUGGCCCACGCGAGCGCCGUGUCCGUCCAGGUUACAACAUAAUUCACUAAGUAGGGGGAACGCGAGGCCCGGGUCCCCGGGAUGACGUAAUGUUUGGGGCUGGCGUUCGAUUUCGUGGACCCUGCACCGCAUCUUUACGGUCGUAGUUCAGCCUGAGGAACCUGCACGAACACCCCUAAAUAUCUGGGGCGGACGAGGCUCUCUUGCAGUGCUACCACACGGUCACAGUUCUUUUAAGUGUGCAUAUGUGAACCAAGCCUCCAACUUCCACCCGCCACCAGGGGCCGAGGGGGCGGCCACGCACCUGGCUCGUCACCCGUCAGUCCGAAAGCGAGAAGCAGGCGGGCCUCUUGCAGAACGACAGCAGCGGUGGCCAAUGGCUUUCGAGUCGCGCAGAUGGGGCAGGUGGACUCCGGAGCAGCCAAUGGGAAGACGUUUCUUCAGAGGGUCGGGGCCCCUCGGCCAGUGACGGUCUGGGACCUGACACUAUGGGGGACAUGAAGACCCCUGAUUUUGAUGAUCUCCUUGCUGCUUUUGACAUCCCUGACAUUGAUGCAAAUGAAGCCAUUCAUUCUGGCCCAGAAGAAAAUGAGGGACCAGAAGGCCAAGGGAAGCCAGAACCCGGUAUGGAAGGUGUUUCUGAAGACACAACAGCAGCAGCUGCUGGAGAUGACCCUGAGAGUCCAGCCCAGUCCUCUGCUCAAGACCUGCUGCAAUCACCAGAUAUGUCUACAGUCAGUGUGAUUGUGAAGAACACAGUGUGUCCAGAGCAGUCUGAGACCCUGACUGGGGAUUCAGGAGAAGAGACCAAGGCUGUGGAUGUAACUAAGGAAGGACCUGUAUCUUGUCUGAUGCAGAAUGGAUUUGGGGGCCCUGAGCCAUCCCUCUCAGAAACCCCCCAUUCUCCAGCUCCUCCCAGUGAGGCUACCUGGAAAGAAAAAGCCAUGGAAGGCAAAGCUCCCUUGGACCUUUUUGCUCAUUUUGGGCCUGAGCCAGGGGACCAUCCAGAUCCCCUACCUCCUUCACCCUCCCCACCUCGGGAUGGUGCACUGACCCCACCUGCUUUCCCCUCUACUUUUGAGCUGGCUUCAGAAAAUGGCCCAACCCUGCUGCCUCCUACUUCUCUCCUACCACCUGGGGCCUUGAAGCAGGAAAGCUGCAGCCCCCAAUAUCCCCAGGACAUAACUCAGAAAGGCUUAGGUUCUGACCCUGAGGCUGCAGGUGUACCUGUCAGUGCCUCACCUCCCCAGGUGACUGGGGUGCCCUUCUUCAAGCAGUCUCCAGGACACCAGAGCCCUCCUGCCUCUCCUGAGAUGCCCAGCUGUAAAUCCCUGAAGGAAGAGGAUGACGGGACAGUGGACAAGUCUCCCCCAAGAAGCCCCCAGAGUCCCUCUAGUGGAGCCGAGGCUGCAGACGAGGACAGCAAUGACUCUCCUACCUCUUCCAGUUCCUCUAGGCCCCUCAAGGUGCGGAUCAAGACCAUUAAAACGUCCUGUGGGAAUAUCACAAGGACUGUAACCCGGGUCCCCUCAGAACCUGAUCCCCCUGCCCCCUUGACUGAGGGGAACUUCCUGGCGGAAGCUAGCCUCCUGAAACUUUCCCCUGUAACUACAACCCCUGAGGGCCCAAAGGUGGUGAGUGUCCAGCUGGGUGAUGGCACAAGACUGAAGGGUACAGUGUUGCCUGUGGCCACCAUCCAGAAUGCCAGCACUGCCAUGCUAAUGGCAGCUAGUGUUGCCCGCAAAGCUGUGGUUCUGCCAGGGGGGAAUGCCAGCAGCCCUAAGACCAUGGCUAAGAAUGUGUUAGGUCUGGUACCUCAAACCCUGCCCAAGGCUGAGGUGCGGACAGGGCUAGGACUAGGGGGGCAGAAAGUAAAUGGUGCCUCAGUGGUGAUGGUACAGCCUUCUAAACCUGCUCCUGGGCCAGGCACAGUGGGUGGCUCGGUGAUCUCACGGACCCAGUCCAGUCUGGUGGAGGCCUUCAACAAAAUUCUCAACAGCAAGAAUCUGCUUCCUGCUUAUAGACCGAACCUGAGUCCACCAGUUGAGUCUGGGCUGGCCCUCCCUCCAACAGGCUACCGCUGCCUUGAGUGUGGGGAUGCCUUCUCACUGGAGAAGAGCCUGGCACGGCACUAUGAUCGCAGGAGCAUGCGCAUAGAGGUUACCUGCAAUCACUGUGCCCGUCGCCUGGUCUUCUUCAACAAGUGUAGCCUACUCCUGCAUGCCCGUGAGCACAAGGACAAGGGGCUCGUCAUGCAGUGCUCACAUUUGGUCAUGAGGCCUGUAGCCCUUGACCAGAUGGUGGGGCAGCCAGACAUCACACCCCUGCUGCCUGUGGCUAUUCCACCUGUUCCUGGACCUCUGGCCUUGCCUGCAUUGGGCAAAGGGGAGGGGCCUGUCACUUCCACCAUUACUACAGUCGCCGCUGAGGCCCCUGUGCUGCCACUCCCAACAGAACCACCUGUUCCCCCUACCACCUCUGUUUACACGUGCUUUCGCUGCCUGGAGUGCAAGGAACAGUGCCGGGACAAGGCUGGCAUGGCAGCCCACUUCCAGCAGCUGGGUCCCCCUGCGCUUGGGUCUUCCAGCAAUGUGUGUCCAUCCUGCCCCAUGAUGCUCCCCAAUCGGUGCAGCUUCAGUGCCCACCAGCGCACGCAUAAGAACCGACCCCCCCACGUCUGUCCUGAGUGUGGGGGAAACUUCUUGCAAGCCAAUUUUCAGACCCAUCUGCGAGAGGCCUGUCUGCAUUUCUCUCGCCGUGUAGGAUACAGGUGCCCCAGCUGUGCCGUGGUGUUUGGAGGUGUGAACUCCAUCAAGUCCCACAUACAGGCAUCACACUGCGAAGUUUUCCACAAGUGCCCCAUCUGCCCCAUGGCCUUCAAGUCUGCACCCAGCGCCCAUGCCCACCUCUACUCCCAGCAUCCCAGCUUCCUCACACAGCAAGCCAAGCUAAUCUACAAGUGUGCCAUGUGUGACACAGUCUUCACUCAUAAACCCCUCCUCUCCUCACACUUUGACCAACACUUGUUGCCCCAGCGUGUCAGUGUCUUUAAGUGCCCAUCUUGUCCUCUGCUCUUUGCCCAAAAAAGGACCAUGCUGGAACAUCUCAAGAAUACUCAUCAGUCUGGCCGCUUGGGGGAAGAGACUGCUGGGAAAGGGGCUGGAGGUGCCCUUCUGACCCCUAAGACUGAGCCUGAGGAGCUGGCUGUAUCUCGGGCAGAGGCAGCCCCUGCUACUGAGGAAUCCUCUUCAUCUUCUGAAGAGGAGCUGCCUAGUUCCCCUGAGCCCCCUCGUCCAACCAAACGGCCUCGACGGGAACUGGGGAGCAAAGGAGUCAAAGGUGGGGGUGGGGGGCCUGGGGGCUGGACCUGUGGCCUUUGUCACUCCUGGUUUCCUGAGCGUGAUGAAUAUGUGGCUCACAUGAAGAAGGAACAUGGCAAGUCAGUGAAAAAGUUCCCCUGUCGCCUGUGUGAGCGCUCCUUCUGCUCUGCCCCCAGCCUGAGGCGCCAUGUCAGGGUCAAUCACGAGGGGAUCAAGCGAGUCUACCCAUGCAGGUAUUGCACAGAGGGAAAGCGCACCUUCAGCAGCCGCCUGAUCCUGGAGAAGCACGUCCAGGUCCGGCAUGGCUUGCCCCUUGGGGCCCAGUCCCCUCCUAGCCGAGGAAGCACCCUGGCUCGAGGCCCUGGUACCAGAGGACAGGGGCCAGGACGGAAGCGCCGCCAGUCUUCUGACUCAUGCAGUGAGGAGCCUGACAGUACAACACCACCAGCAAAGUCCCCAAGGGGUGGCCCUGGGUCAAGAGGCCAUGGUCCCCUGCGAUAUAGGAGCAGUGGCUCAGUGGAACAAAGCCUUGUGGUGGGGUUGAGGGUGGAUGGUGGUACUCAGCAGUGUCUCGACUGUGGCUUGUGCUUUGCCUCUCCUGGCUCCCUGAGCCGGCACCGCUUCAUUAGCCACAAGAAGAGACGGGGUGGGAGUAAAGCCAGUGCCCUGGGGCUGGGGGAUGGGGAAGAAGAGGCUCCUCCAUCUCGCUCUGAUCCCGAGGGUGGAGAUUCACCUCUGCUUGCCUCUGGAGGCCCACUAACUUGUAAGGUUUGUGGCAAGAGCUGUGACAGUCCUCUGAAUCUCAAGACCCAUUUUCGCACACAUGGCAUGGCAUUCAUCAGGGCAAGGCAGGGAGGCAGUGGGGACAACUAGGCUCUUGGCCUGGGGCUAACCAGUCAUCUCUGGGAACCCGGGUUUCACUGCUGCUGCUACCUGCUCCUUGGGCUGGAGGUUUGGCAUUUAUUUUGUUUGAUUUUUCUUUCUACCCAUGAAGGGAAAGGCUUUUGAGGAUUCUGGUGACGUGCAUCCCUGUCAUUGUUUGGGUUUGGUCCCUAGGCUUUAGUCAAGAGGGCCUGCCAUUCUUCCUUUCUGAAUCCAACACUAAUUAUAUUCCUGCUGCAGACUCCUGUAACUGGGAUGAGAAUGGGACCCUGGCAAGCCAGCUAGGCAUAGGGAAGGACUGAGGGGUGCAUAGGGUCCUAGAUCUACCCCCUACAAAGGUUAUUUCAGGCACAGACCAGGAUUUCUUUUCUGGGUCAGGCCCUGCCCUGAUAUCCCUUCCCUAACACUCAUUGGCACUAACCCCCGCACCCUCAUCCCUGCAGUGCCUUCCAUUUGUCCUUUUCCCCCCAGAAAUCCAGGGGUGGGGGGGUUGGUGGGGAUGAGUCCUGUCAAGUGGAGUCCAGGGAGAGGAGAGGACAGGUUCUCAGGAAUCCUUUAUUCUUGUAGUAAUAACAGUGGGAAAAACAAGAGGGAGAAAAAACAGACCAUUAAAAUUUGCUUGUGGUUUAAUCCCCA